UUAGAAUAUAAUUUAAUAAUUUUUUUUUUUUUUCUAUCGAAAAGUAUUAAUAUAGGAAAGAAGAAGUUGACAUUAUAUAAUUAAUUAAUUUUGCGAUGAAGAUGUUUAAAGUUUUUAUUGGAAUUGGCGCUCUUCUUUUAAUUUGGAACAAUUUUGUUAAUGGCGACGAUAAUAUUUCGGAAGGAAAAAAUUCAACUGAAAUUAUAAAUAAUUAUCGUUCGAAAAAUUUAGAAAAAUUAUGGAAUUUUAUGAAACAUAUUCAAAGAAUUCUUGAAAGUUUACCAUCUAUAUAUGAGACGGCAAGGAAAAAUGAUUAUAAUCAACGAAUAAAAAUCAUAGAAAAUCAUCGAAAUGAACUCACGGAUUAUUAUAAAAAAAAUUCAAUAAAUUUUAAAUCAAACGAAAUAUGCAUUACACACACUCCAAAUCAUGAAUACGAUUCAAAUUUUAUGUUUUUAAAAAAAAAAUUAAAUGACUAUCUUAUUAUUGCCGAUAAUAUUGAAAUUGUAAUUAGGGAAAAAUAUGAAAAUCUUCAAAAUAACUAUUUAAAAACAUGUACAGGAAUAAAUUCAAAAACAAGAAAAUGUGACUUAACAAUAAAUGAGCCAAAAUUGGUAAAAGUCAUUGAUAAAAGAAUUGAAAGAUCAUUUCAAUCAUUAAUGGUAUAUGUUGAUGAUUUUUUUAAAAGUAUAAAAAAAAUAGAAAUGAAAAUAAAUCGAACUAAUAAGGAAGCUGAAAAUAAUUUGGAAAAAUUACUUCUUUUAAUUGAAAUUUGUUAAAAAAAAUUUCCGUAAUAUAAUGGAUGAAAAAAAAAAAAAAAAAAAAAAAUUAUUAUCAUUCAGCUAUUAAAAUAUUUACUCAUUUAUUUACAUAAUAAAAUAUUUCAACUAUACUAGAAUAAUUUUUUUGAAAAUGUAAAUAUAUAUAUAAAUUUUCGAAUAAAUUAUUUAAAUAUUCCAAA